GGGGCGAUAUUCCGGGAAAAGUACGGAACGCGGAAGAGAAGGCACGGCGGAAGUUGUGACGUGUCAAAUGGUCGCCAUUUCCCGAAGGAAGGAAACGCCUUGAAGACACACAGCUCCGUACAAGGCAAACGUACAUUCCCAUUAACAAAAACAGGAGCAGACAUGGGAAACAUAUUUGGAAACUUGUUCAAAUUCUUGGGCAAGAAAGAAAUGAGAAUUCUUAUGGUGGGUUUGGAUGCUGCCGGCAAAACCACAAUUUUGUACAAGCUCAAGCUUGGGGAGAUUGUCACCACCAUUCCAACAAUAGGUUUUAACGUGGAGACGGUGGAGUACAAGAACAUCAGCUUUACGGUGUGGGACGUCGGCGGCCAGGACAAGAUUCGACCGUUGUGGCGUCAUUACUUUCAGAACACUCAAGGUCUCAUUUUUGUAGUGGACAGCAACGACCGAGAACGAUGCACGGAGGCACGCGAGGAGCUCAUGAGGAUGUUGGCGGAGGACGAACUGCGUGGCGCUAUGCUAUUAGUCUUUGCAAAUAAACAGGACCUGCCCAACGCCAUGACAGCAGCAGAAAUCACAGACAAGUUGGGUCUUCACUCCCUGCGCGACAGACAAUGGUUCAUCCAGGCGACCUGCGCCACAAACGGGGAAGGCCUCUACGAGGGACUGGACUGGUUGUCCAACAGGCUGAAGAACAACUAAUAUGCAUUUUUUGUUUUUUACAUUCUGCCUUUACUGAGCUGUUGUUACAGCAGACAUACUGGACAGUUGAUUACUUGGUUCGGCCAAAGCUGAAUACGUUUGUAUUUGAUGUAUGUGUAAUAGAUUUUGGUAAUGGGCCAACCUACUUGACUUUUUCUAGACUGAUUGUUUGACUUAGGUGAUAGACGAGGGAAACGUAUGACCAGUUGGCAUAAAAAAAUGCAUUUGCGGCAAUUUGCCAGAUGAUCAACCUCAAGCCGCUUUGCGUCUGUUAAACACUGGAAUGUUUUGUGCGACAGAUCCUGUCGAAAAGGCAUUUUCUUUUUCUAUUUUCUCACUCUCAGGUCCACGUUUGCCUUAAGGAGCAUACGCUAACUUCCAAACAAUGCACCGCAGUUUCUCACACGUUUGGCACGCCUCCUGACAGUGCAAUGUCGUGGCUGUCCGCAACGCCUUUUGGAAAGGGAGGCAAGAUUCUUAAAUAGCAAUAAAUAAUACUUCUUCUACAUUUUCUGCUUUGCACAUUGGCACGUUUGGCGUAAACAGAAACCUUACAAUAUGCCUUCAUCUACGAGGACAAAUGUUGGCCUCUUGGUUUUUCCCUCACUGUUACUGCACAGCUCCCAAUAUAUCUGGGAGUUGGGGCGGGGGUGUUUUUGUGAUUUAUAACUAUUGGAAUGUUUGAAUUAAUCUAUGGGUGUCGUGAGUAAAGCACUGUAAUUAAAGUGAACAGAUUCAAUGUAUCUGAAAUUGAUUUCUUUAUACGUGACUAUGCAAUAAAAGUGUUUAAAUGUUUAA